UCUUGCUAUGUUAUCUAGCUAUAGAUUACCUAUGCUCUCUGAAGGUGUGAGUAGCAACAAAAUGUUUUAAGGGUACUGCUGCAUCCUGGAUAUUACAUUCAAGAAAGGUAACAUUCAUCAAGGAAACAAAAAUCCAUCCAAAGUCUGUGAUACUGAAGUUUUUUUUGUUUGUUCAUUUAGUUUUUUUUUUAAAAAGGAACAAAAAUAGAAAAAUAGUGCCUAUAUAAGGCUGACUUCUUUUCAGCCUUGUUUCCUGUAAUCCUUCACCAUACUUGACAUCCAGGAUGAUGCAUUCACUUUUAGAAGUUGCUAAAUUUGGCAUCUCUGUACCCCACUCUCAAGUCAUGCUUCUCUCAGUCCUUUUCUCCUUAAUUUAGGUCCUGGUUUUCAUUGGUUCCCUCAUCAUUCUGUAGAGAAAUAUUAGCUGCAGGUUUCUGAAGGCUUCAAGUUCCUAGAACCUUCUGAGGAUUCUGUGCAACUUCCUGUCAGGCUUCCUAUGUGGGAUGCAUUAGGUAGAAUUUGGCAGGGGUUUUCUUUUUUUCCCCACUGUGUAACCCAUUUCAGCAGCCUAUAGGCAGAGACCAGGCAGUGUUUCCGAGCUAGUUUGCUCUGGCAUGGGACACUUGAGAGGCUCAUGUGCCCUAGUUCUGAGAAUGGAUAUUUGCUAGUUGUUUUUGAGAUCUGUUACUACAAGGCCUUCUCUUUGUUGCUAUUCCUACCACACUUUGUGGUUCCUGGACUAUUUUGGGUGUACACAGUUUAAAAUUAACGUUCUUACUGCUAGUUUCACUAAAGAUACAGUGUAUGGAUUGGCUGGUUGUCCCACCCUGGCUAUUUUUGAUAUUUUGUUUGCUUUUUAGGAGUAUUUGGACAAUUGAAAACUGAGCAGCUACUGUGCCCCUGUGAAGCCUUUCCUGGCCUUGCUGUUGAUGUUGCUGCCCUUGACCAUCUUCACAUACUGUGUGAUAAAGAAGCCAAGCUGUAUGUGAUCCUCCACUGAAGCAAGAAGACAAACUGGAUGGUGGGGAAAGGAGUGGAAAGGAAGUUUGUGCAGAACUCUGAGAAGAUGAAGAGCAGAUAGAUGUCAAGCCUUGGAAGGCAAGUUACAUCAAUCUUCCGUAAAGUACAGACUGAGGAUAAAAAACAGGAAAUAUAAGGAAAUUGGAAAAAUCCUUCUUCUACUCACAGAUCUUAUUUCUUUUUGGAGUUUUGAGUUUGGAACACAAUUCACACUUAAACAGGAAGGAAGUUACAUAGUUUUAUUAGUUUGGAACUACUCUACCCCAGCUUACUUCUCAUGGUAGUUUUUCCUUGUUAGUAUAACCAGUGUGGAUAUGUCUUCAGUUUAAAAACUUGGCCCCAUCUGAUAACAGAGCGUUCAUAUUUGUACUGGAGAAAAACCCUAUGAAUUUUUUGCAUGUCGGGAAGCUUUUACUCAAGUGUCAUAGCUCACUGAAUGUAGAAGUCAUGCUAAAGAGAAACCCCGUGCUUCUAAGGAAUAUUCAAAAGCCUUUAGCUAGAUGACAGGACUCACUGAGCAGCAGAAAAUUGAGGCUGAGAGAAAUCAGUGAAUGUGGCCAAACUUCAUUGAAUAUUAGAAAAUUUAUACUGGGGAGAAAGGUUUUAAUACAUUGACCAAAACUUCUCUCAAACUUUGUCUUUUACUCUGCAUUAGAGGGAUCAGACAUAGCCUUACACAUGUAAGAAAUGUGGAAAUAUUUUCAGCCUCAAUCAUCAAAAAAUUCAUAUUGGAGACAAACCUUGUGAAUAAAGAAAAGCUUCCAUUCAGAUGUCACACCACAGUCAGCAGAAAAUUUAUGGUGGGGCACACCCCUUUGCCUGUAAGGUAUGUGGGAAAAUCUUCAGCCACAAAUCAAAUCUCACAGAGCAUGAGAAUUUUCAUAAUAGAGAGAAACCUUUUGAAUGUAACGAAUGUGGCAAAGCCUUUAGCCAAAAGCAGUAUGUCAUUAAACAUCAGAACACUCACACCGGAGAGAAGCUUUUUGAAUGCAAUGAUUGUGGAAAGUCUUUUAGCCAGAAGGAAAACCUGCUUACCCAUCAGAAAAUUCACACUGGAGAAAAACCUUUUGAGUGCAAAGAUUGUGGGAAAGCUUUCAUUCAGAAAUCAAAUCUCAUCAGACACCAGAGAACUCACACAGGAGAGAAGCCCUUCAUAUGUAAAGAGUGUGGGAAAACCUUUAGUGGCAAAUCAAACCUUACUGAGCAUGAGAAAAUUCAUAUUGGAGAGAAACCCUUCAAGUGUAAUGAAUGUGGAACAGCUUUUGGGCAGAAGAAGUACCUCAUAAAGCAUCAAAACAUUCACACUGGAGAGAAACCCUAUGAAUGUAAUGAGUGUGGAAAAGCCUUCUCUCAACGAACAUCACUGAUCGUGCACGUGAGAAUUCAUUCAGGGGAUAAGCCUUACGAGUGCAAUGUUUGCGGAAAAGCCUUCUCUCAGAGUUCAUCUCUCACUGUGCAUGUGAGAAGCCAUACAGGUGAGAAGCCCUACGGCUGUAAUGAGUGUGGGAAAGCCUUCUCUCAGUUCUCAACCCUAGCUCUGCAUUUGAGAAUACACACAGGUAAGAAGCCUUACCAAUGUAGUGAAUGUGGGAAAGCUUUCAGCCAGAAGUCACACCACAUCAGACACCAGAAAAUUCAUACUCAUUAAAAACCCUGUGACUCUUCAGUAUGGGAUAGCAUUCACCAGGAAUUUACACCUUGGCGUGCAUCAUAAAUACUCAGUCUGAGUCAAAGGACCACCGAUGAAAUAUAGAUUAGCAAAUGCUAAAAAGUUAAGGAACACCAGAGAAUUCAUACUGAAGAGAAAAUUUGUGUGAAUGAAAGCCUGUAUCCAAUAAGAAAAAUCUACAGCAAACAGCAAAGGUAAUGCUGAAAUUUUAGAUACAUUUCCACUGAAACCAACAACAGAAAACAUACCUAUUAAUUGCUAUCUGCAUACAAUUAAAGGUCUUUAGUGGUGUUAACAAGAAAAAUAAAUUUUAAGUACUGGAAAGAAAGACAAAAACUGGUGUCAUCUGCAAAUAAUACACAACUCUUAUAUUGAUUGGAAAGAGCAGAAGCGAUUUCAGAAAGUGACUUGUGCAUUUAUUCAAAGUUAGAAUAAGAAAAAAAAAGUAUCAGGAGAUGAAGAAAUAGCCAAACUCUUAAAAAUUAUUUGGAGGUAAUUUGCUCUCCAAGGGAGAAAAAAACUAGACAUGAAGUAUACGUAAAAGUAAGAUCCAUGGAGAUUGAAAACAGAAAUAUGAAAAGCUAUAUACUAAAGUGGCUAAGAUGUUAGAAGUAAGGAAACAUGCCUUGUAACAUUAAAAAAUUACCUAGCAGUUAUGUUCGUGAGUGUGUUUGCUCAGGAAGUACGUACCAGGAAAUACACUGUGGCUUGAUUUGUAGUGGCCACAUACUGGAAACAAUGGACUGACUGCCCAUCAGGAGGGGAUACUACACGUGUAAAGUGCACUAGUGACAUCCGCAUGUAAUUAGAAGUACCAGAAAUGAUGCUGAGGAUGCACAUUGGAGGUGCAGAUUGAUGGAUAUGGUACAAUGACUUUGUAAAUUUUGAGUUAAAAGUUCUCUAUGAAACUUAGUUCUUUAUAUUGUUAAUGGAUUCACAUAUGUAUGUAAAUGUUUUUAAGGUGAAUUGGAAGGACACAGACCAAACUCCAUAGUAGUGGUGGCCUGUGAAGUGGAGAAGGGAAGAAUGAGUGGGAGGUGGGGUGGGCAGGGGCCUCAGCUUUUUAUAUAGACAUUUGUUUCUCUUAAAGACUACAAGUAAAUAUAUGAAGAUACUGGGUAAUUCUGGAUUGUGGUAUAUGGAUAUCUUGUCUUAUUUUUUGUACUUUUCUGUAUUUUUAAAUUUUCUCAAAAUUAAGUAUGGGUGAAGAUGGGAACUCUAUACCUGUAAAACUGUUACAAUGCAUUAAUCCCCAAUCAAAUACUAAACUUUUUAUAGAACAUAUUUCUAAAAUUUUAUCAACAAUGAGUGAAUGAACUUGCUCUCUAUGUAAUACUGAAAUCAUCUAUUUUAUUAAAAUUAAA